AUGGAGAAAAGGCUCCGGUCGUCGCUGCAAACCUCCGCCGUGGAAUUCCUUUCCGCCGCCGUCAAACUGCCCUACAAAUCCUCCAAAACCGCCAUAAAAUCGUUAAUUAACACCUCAAUUAAACCCUCAUCUGAUCUAACUUCCACUCUCCCACUCUCACUCUGCAACUCCAUUUCACACUCCAUCUCCCAAUUUAAAAACCUAUCAGACCCGACCUUCACGGCGUCUCCGAGAACUCCACCAGCAAAGCGCGUCCGCAGAUCCGCCCGGAACAUUGGAGAUGGUGUCGAAUCCUCCGACGGGCGCCAUGAAAAUGAGAGACAAACCAUUGUCGAGAAGCUCCAGGUUUAUGCCUACAUUCUGCGUCUCUGCGUUUUCCAUCCCAAAAAAGCGUUCUCUGUUUCUGAUUUGUUGCCCGCUGCACAAGCAUUGCACGAUAACUUAAUUUUGUUUGAGUCCGACGCAAUUUUGCUGUCCGAGAUUGCUAAUUUAUGUGAGGACUGGUGGAAGGGGGAUUUAGAAGGGAAAGAAAGGCUGAUUUCUCAGUCAUUACCUGUGAUUUUAUCCCGUUCGUUGACUUUGAUGAAGAAAGUGGAUGUUCACAGGGUUUAUGGAGUUCGGGACGCAUUUAUGCUGUUUGAUUUUGAGGAUGAGAGCAUUGAGGAUUUGAAACAUUUGCUCAUUCGCUGCUUGAUUUCUCCUUUGUAUUUGAAAACCGAGGAGGGUCGGAAAUUUGUGGCAUUUUUGUUCUGUCUUAGUGUGCGCCUCACGAAGGAACUAUGUGCCAUGAUAAAGUCACAGAUCCCAUUCGGCCGUAAAUCAAUGUUGGAGGCAUAUGGUGAAAUUGUUUUCAGGGCUUGGAAGGCAGUGGAGGGGGAGUGCAAGCAUGAAAUUGAGAAUGGUUUUUUACAAGGAUUGUUUGAGGGUGCAUUGUACGCCGGAUCACCAGAAUUAGCAACUUCAAUUCGAAAAAUUUUGUGGGGAUUUGUUAAUCAACGGACGACUCAAGGAGUAGAGAAACUGAUUUUUGGUCUGGCAGAGCCAAUGAUCUUCCGGUCGCUUCAGGUUGCAAACUCCAAUGUUCGUCAAAAUUCAUUGCACUUACUUCUGGACCUGUUUCCUUUGGAAGAUCCUGAUUCGACUAAGGAGGUCAAAGAUACGCUGUUGGAAAAGCAAUUCUUUCUUUUGGAGAAAUUACUUAUGGAUGAAUGUCCUGAUGUGAGGGGGGUAGCAGUAGAAGGCUGCUGUCGAAUUCUUCAUAUGUUUUGGGAAGUUAUUCCUUCACCAACCAUCACAAAGAUUAUUACUAAAAUAUCCGAUGACAUGGCUCACGACUCUUGCUCAGAGGUCCGACUCUCAACAGUGAACGGUGUCAUAUAUUUACUUGGCAAUCCUCAAUCUCAUGAGGUCCUUAAAGUGCUUUUACCUAGGUUGGGUACUCUGAUCACAGAUCCUGCAUCAGUUGUACGUGCAGCUCUAGCUGAUCUACUUCUACUUUUAAAUGAUAUUAGCAACUUUCAGUUCCAUAAGGUAGUACAGAUGGAUGCAUUACUUUCUGUUCUUGCUGACGAUCAACCUGUCAUUGCUAGAAAAAUCACAAAGCUUCUUAUACCAUCCUACUUUCCCUCUAAAGCAACAGAGGAAGAAGCAUGCAAACGCUGUAUUACUCUAAUUAAAAGGUCUCCCCAAGCUGGAGCAAGGUUUUGUGAGCUUGUAGCAACAGAAGGAGCAUCCGUUGGAUCCCUAAUGCAACUCUUUACAAGUCUUAUUGGUUUGGUUCUGUCCUCCAAGCUUGAAGUUGAGUACAUUGAGGGAUUACUCACUGCUGCCUCUCACCUUUGCACUAAUCUUGCAAAGGAUUCUUCAUUCCAGGCUGCUCUCAAGGUGAAGUUAUCGGCUAAAAAGCUGAAGACCCUCUUCACGGUAGCUUGUACUGCUCGUGCUCAAUCAUCUGUUUGCAACAUUAUCUCGACCUUGUCGCUGGAUGCUACAGGUGACCUUUUUGAAGACUGCAUUGGCUUAAUUACAAAAUGCAGUGGUUUGUCAGAUAAUAUUGAAAAACAAGCCGAAGUGAGGUCUGCCCACAAGAUGAUCUUGUCGUGUGAUUGGUUUGAUGACAUGCUUGAAGCUCUGAUUGGGUUGCUUCAAAAGGCUGCCUCUGGAUGUCAUGUAUGUUUUGGUAUUGAAUUAGCACAGGAAAAUGGAAAGUCGGCAAGUAGAACGAGAACUAGAUCUUCCACGAAAACAUCAUCAAAGUUGAAAAGGGGCAAUCAGAAAAAGUCAUCUAAAACUGACAAGAACACAUUUUUGGAAGAUUAUGCCGUUGCAGUUGGAGUAGCGUGGCAAAUAAAGGACUUGCUUCUGUCUGAGAAUACAAGGGAAGCUUUACUAGGUUCUGGGGUUUUAGAAAGUGCAUACUUAGCGCUGAAGGUCAUUGCUGAAGUUAGCUUUCUCCAUUGCCUGGAGCAUGAUUACUUGAAGACUUGUCCUGUUUCUGCAUACGCGACCCUGACCCUGCAUAUGUCUCUUUAUAAACUUCAGAAAGUUGGUGCCAGGGUUUCUUCAAAGGGAACUACCUUAGACUUGACACUGGACCAUCUGCUUCACUGUGCAUAUAAUGUAUUCAACGCAAACAAUAACAAAAAUUCAGAAAAGCCACCUUUAGAAUCUCUGAGUGCUGGCAAGAUGACUCCUGGAUGCAGUAAAGAUGCUAGAGAAAGUCAAUCUGGUACCGGUUUGACAAAACAAAUACGGAUAUCAAAUAUGGUGAAGAUGUUAACUGUAGUUGCGAAGUUCAUUGUCGACGCAGCAACUAUGAGUCUUCUUCCUCCUCACUAUCAAGAAAGAUGCUUGAAUUUCACUAUAGAAUAUUUGAAAUUCAUCAUGACAAAUCUAAGGGAGCAUUCGGUUUCCCAGUUGCCAGUCACUGAGGAGGACCGAAAGGAUAUAUUUAUUUGUUUGAAAAGUUCGUUCACAUACGGAGCCAAGCUACUCAACUUAGUGUUUAAAGCUGACAGAGUUCCCUUAUCUCCAGAGGGACCUCAGGGUCUCGUGAACGAACUCUUUAAUCUAUUUGUUUCAGUUGAAGAGUUUCUCGGGUAUGGAUUUGCUGCUCGUUUGACCUCGGUUGUUCAGCCAUGGAUUCCUGAUCUCAUUCUGGCUAUGGGAUCUUGGUCCUUACUGAAUGAAGCUCCAGAUGGGGGACCUGAUGCAACUGACAGCGCAAUAUUGGUUUAUCUCCCCACAUGGUAUUGCGUCAUCGCUGGGAUUGAAAUAGUUAAAGUAAGAGAGGCAGGCUCAGAUGAUGAGACAGAGAACCUUCAUCAUUUCCCAGCAUUUAGAAGAUUUUUGGAGACAACAUGCAAGCUUUUGAAAGCUAACCGUGAAGUAUUAGAUGCUGUGGGGUUCAAAUUCUUGAGUGGUGCACUUAGUGCCUUUGGGAGCAAGAAUUUCGAGGUUGUCUUUGGUCUUUUGCGUUUCGUGUGUGUGGAGUUAGUCGGGACUGAGGGAGACUGGGGAGGACUUAGGAUGAUGUUGGCAUGUCUUGGUGAGAUAUACGCUAAACUGGAGAUAGAAGCUGAGGUGAUGGAUAAAAGUGACGGUGAUGGAAACAAGUUUUCGUUUGGUGCAAAGGCUUUGAUUGAGCCUGUUUGGAAAACAUAUAUUUAUGAUGAAAGGAAGCAUGCAAUGGAGGAAGAAUAA